AUGCGCACCUCUGCCGCGCUGCGCGCCUCGGGCCCGCCGAUCAUCCAGGGCAAGGGUGCGGCCACUGGCUCGGUGCCCACCGACGAGGAGCAGGCGACGGGCCUGGAGCGCUUCGAGCUCGAGCACAAGCUGGCGGGCCAGGAUGCGUUCGACAUGACGCCGCUGCAGGCGGACCGCAUGGGCACGACCAAGGAGCCCAUCAAGGUGCUCUCCUACUUCCCGACGCGCAUCAUCGGCUGCUCGGGCUCGCCUGCCGGCUCGCACGACACUGUCUGGCUGCACCUCAACCGCGACCUCCAGCACCACCGCUGCUCCGAGUGCGGCUCGGUGUACGAGAUGGACUUCCAGGGUGACGAGCACGCCGAGCACCACUAA